AUGUUGGCUACUAAUACAACUCUCACUCCCGUCUGGCUGGACUGCGAUCCUGGUCAUGAUGAUGCUUUUGCUAUCUUGAUUGCUGCUCACCAUCCAUCAUUGAAUCUUCUUGGUAUCACAUCCAUCCAUGGAAACGCCUCCUUGGAGAAUACAACCAACAAUGCCGGAAGUAUAUUGGAAGCAAUCGGCAGACCAGAUGUUGCCGUCUAUCCUGGAAGCCAGAAGCCCUUCUCUCGACCUGCUCUUCAUGCCCCAGAUAUCCAUGGCGAAUCUGGCCUCGAUGGCACCGACCUUCUCCCGAAGGUCUACAAACCUGCUAUCAGAGAUGUGAAUCCAAUCCUAGCCAUGCGGGAUGCUCUUUUAGCACAACCUAAAGGCACCCCCUGGGUGGUUGCAACGGGAACUUUAACCAACGUCGCCCUGCUAUUCGCAACAUUCCCGGAGGUUGCGGAGCAUAUCCAAGGUCUAAGCAUUAUGGGCGGUGCCAUCGGCGACGGCUUCACAGAUGCCCCAAUGAGCAGACUGCCAGGCGAAGAGUCCCGCAUCGGAAACGUGACGCCUUGGGCCGAGUUCAACGUUUAUUGUGAUCCCGAAGCCGCGGAGUCAAUUUUUAGUAACCCAAUCGUUGCACCCAAGACUACCAUUGCUGCUUUGGAUCUGACACAUCAAGUCUUUGCAUCGAAAGAAGUGCAGAAUCGGAUCCUGCACGGUGCCAGAGACUCAUCUAAGGAACCAACGAUCAUUCGCCAGAUUUUGCAUGCUCUGCUAAUCUUCUUUGCGGGCACAUAUGAAAACGUCUUUGGACUGAUGGCUGGUCCUCCACUCCACGACCCGCUCGCAGUUGCUGUGAUUUUGUCCAAUUUGAACCCUACAUUUGCAAAGGCACACCCUGGCCAGGUCCUUCAUUUCGAUGAUAAGGGUGGGGAGCGAUUUGCUCUCAGUAUUGUCACCGAUGGCAAACACAGUACAGAUGUCUCGAUUAGUGGUCAGCUGGGACGCUCAAUCGCUACGCCGCUUGACGGGCCUGGUGUAGCGAUUCCCAGAGGUGUCGACCUGGAAGCUUUCUGGAACCUGAUCAGCGAUUGUGUUCAACUGGCUGAUGAUUGCAAUGCUGCUCGUGCCAAAUAA